AAUUACAUUAAUCGGUACAUCACUAUGUGCAUGUUUAUGUCUAAUUAAAAAUAAAAGCAUUGUUUUAGGCAAUAUGCAUUCGGAAAUGAUAGCCGCAAUUUUUGGUGCAUUGGCUUUAAGAUCUAUUAUAUCCAUGAACUCCUACUCUGGAUUUAACCAAGCGCCAAUGUUUGGGGAUUAUGAAGCUCAGCGGCACUGGCAAGAAGUGACAACAAAUUUAGAAGUAAAACAGUGGUAUACCAAUGGUACACAUAACGACUUGCAGUAUUGGGGCUUGGAUUAUCCGCCUCUUACAGCCUAUCACAGUUACCUAACUGGCCGUGUUGCUAAAUUACUCAAUCACAGCUAUGUCGAACUACACACCAGUAGGGGUAUUGAAACAAAGGAACACAAGAGUUAUAUGCGCCUUACAGUUUUAGCAGCGGACAUUCUAGUUUAUAUGCCUGCUAUUGUAGCUAUUUCUGUUUGCAUGGAUCUCACCUUUGAGAAAAAUUUGAAACAUCAUUUGUUGGUACUUCUUGCAAUUUACCCGGGGCAAAUUCUCAUCGACAAUGGACACUUUCAGUACAACAACAUAUCACUUGGAUUUUUAGCUAUAGCCGUCGCUGCGUUACUGUGUAACAGAAACUAUAUUGCCGCUUUCAUCUUCACGUUGGCCUUGAAUUAUAAACAAAUGGAAUUAUACCACGCUCUGCCGUUCUUUACAUACUUACUGAGUACAUGCUUAUCACAAAACAGGUAUUAAUCUUAAAGUGUAUUUAUGAAUU